AUGAGCACUAUGAACGCGGAGAAGAGGGUCGAGUUUCCGGCGAAGCGGUGCGGUGUACUGGGCGCCACUGGCAGUGUCGGGCAGCGGUUCAUUCUGUUGCUUGCGCUGCAUCCGCAUUUUAAGCUUACGGCAGUCGGCGCCAGCUCAAGGUCCGCGGGCAAGAAGUACAGAGACGCAGCCAAAUGGAAGCAGAGCCAGCCGAUGAGCAAGGAGCUUGGCGAGCUGGUGGUCAAGAACUGCACCCCCGAAGAGUUCAAAGACGAAGUCGAUGUGGUGUUCUCUGGGCUGGAUAGCGAUGUUGCGGGCGAGACGGAAAUGGCCUUCAUGAAAGCGAACAUCCCCGUCUUUUCGAAUGCAAAGAACUACCGCAAAGAUCCUAUGGUGCCUCUGGUCGUCCCAACGGUCAACCUACCACAUCUUUCACUCAUACCACAUCAACGGAAACACCACAAUCUGGAAAAGGGCUUCCUCGUAUGCAACUCGAACUGCGCAGUCAUCGGUGUUGUCAUCCCGUUCGCAGCCCUUCAAGCCAAAUUCGGUCCCAUCAAUAAAGUCUCGGUCACCACCCUUCAGGCCGUCUCCGGUGCUGGGUAUCCUGGCGUAUCAUCGAUGGACACCAUGGACAAUGUGAUCCCUUUCAUUAGCGGAGAAGAGGACAAGCUGGAGAACGAGGCGCAGAAGAUCCUCGGGGGGAUAAAUUCAGCCGCCACUGAGUUUGAAGAGCAAUCCGCCCUCAAAAUCAGUGCCACCUGCAACAGGGUGCCGGUCCUGGACGGUCAUACGGCCUGUGUGUCCCUCUCCUUCGACCGCCGGCCGCCGCCUAGCGUCGACGAAGUGAAAUCGGCUCUCAGAGACUACGUACCAGACGCACAGAAGCUGGGGUGCCCCAGUAUGCCCGAGCGAGCCAUCAUGGUUUUCGAGGAGCAGGAUCGGCCACAGCCACGGCUGGAUCGAGACCUAGGAGGAGGCUAUACCGUGAGCGUGGGAAGGGUGCGGGAGGAUCCGAGCGGGCAAUACGACUACAUGUUCACAGCCCUGAGUCACAAUACCGUUAUCGGGGCAGCAGGGAGCAGCAUAUUGAACGCUGAGGCGGCGGUGCUGAAGGGGUACUUUUGA